AUGCACCCGCUGGUGGUGCUGUCCGGCUCCUCGCAUCCCGAGUUGGCUGACUUGGUGGCCGAGGGUCUGGGUCUCGGAGUGAGCCGGAUUGCGUUGUCGAAGUUCGCCAAUGGGGAGACCAAGGUCAAGUUAAUAGACUCUGUCCGGGAUGCCGACGUCUAUAUCAUCCAGACCAGUACCGAGCCCAUCAACGACAUGCUCAUGGAGCUGAUGAUAAUAGUGCAGGCAUGUCGCUAUGCAAUGGUCCACAAGAUCACGGUCGUAAUGCCGUUGUUCUUCUACUCCAGGCAAGAUCGUAUGGAUGACGGAAAUCAGCCAAUUACGGCCAAGUUGGUGGCCAACAUGUUGCAAAUGGCCGGAGUGAAUCACGUGAUCAGUCUGCAGCUGCACGCUCCUCAAAUCCAGGGCUUCUUCGAUAUUCCCUGUGACAAUCAUUCCAUGGACGGGAUAUUUUCGGCAUGGAUAGUGGAAAACAUUCCCAAAUACCAGGACAUGGUCAUUGUGACCCCGGAUCUUGGCGAAGUCAGACUAGCCUCGGAGAUAGGUCGUUUACUGGGCAAUGAUGUGGCCAUUUUCCAGAAACAUAGAAGGAGGGCUGGCGAGGUCUCGAAAAUGGUUUUGGUGGGAGAUGUCCGCGGGAAAUCGGCCAUAAUCGUGGACGACAUGGUCGAUACGGGUGGGACUUUGUGUCAUGCCGCCCUCCAAUUACAAAGGAGCGGAGCCUUGAAGAUCUAUGCCCUUGUGACUCAUGGCAUUUUCACAGGGAAUGCCGUUCAAAAACUCAAUGAUUCGGCUUUUGAUCUUGUCGUUUGCACUAAUUCGGUUCCUCAAUCCUCUGAUCUGACCACCAAUCCCAAGUUCCGUGUGAUUAAUAUCGCAGAUAUGAUUUCGCAAAGUAUUUUAAAACUGCAGUCCACUCCGCACACGAUUAAACAGACACCACCCCAAUACUGUUACGGUUCAAGCCAAUAA